GCUGGCAGACGACGGUGGGCGGAGCCCGCGAGAGGUCGGCUGAGCUGUGAUUGGCCGUGGGCGCUGCGGAGGCGGGAGGUUUGUGGAGAAGAAGGCCGCUGAUUGGCUGAGGGCGGGAGCGUCAGCGGUUCAUCAGACACCGGUGUGAAAGUUCGGUGGCGGCGGCAGAGAUGCAGAGUAAGUCCCGCCGCUUCUCACGCCUUUAACCCGGAACAUGGUUCAGCACACGGAGCUCAACAGAAGGACCAGCGGCCCCCACCACACCGGCGAGCUGAGGCCGGACUGGUGUAAGACCGCGUCCGGUCACAUAAAGAGACCCAUGAACGCCUUUAUGGUCUGGUCCAAGAUCGAGAGGAGGAAGCUCAUGGCGGAGGAUCCGGACACGCACAACGCCGAAAUCUCCAAACGGCUCGGGAAGCGCUGGAAGCUGCUGAACGAAGCCGAGAAAGUCCCGUUCAUCCGGGAGGCGGAGCGGCUGCGGCUGCAGCACAUGGCCGACUACCCGGACUACAAGUACCGGCCCAGGAAGAAGCCCAGGACCGAGGAGGGCGGGGCGUUGGUUGCGGAGAAGCCCGCCUCCUCGUCCCCGCACAAACCCGCAGUCGCGAACAAAACCUGCGCCAAGAAAUUCAACAAGUUAAAGUCCAGUCAAGUGAACAGCGACCUCCUGCGGCGGCGGCGGCGGCGGCGGCAGCAGCAGCCAGAGCCCCGGUACCGUGGCUUCAAAACCAGCGAGAUGGUGAAACAAGAGUUCAUGGACGAGGGGGAGGAGCCUGACCUCAAAGUCGAGGAGGGGGAGGAGUCUGAGCUCAAAGUUGAGGAGGGGGAGGAGCCGAGUCGGUACCACCUGAGUCCGAGCUCCUGCUCCACAGAACCGCAGGGAACCACCGGUCGUCUCUUCUACAGCCUCAAGAACAUCAGCCAGCGAGGCGGCGCCGCCUUCCCCCUGUCCCCUGCGUCUUCGUCCCGCUCAGACUCCGCCUCCUCCUGCUGCAGUGAGGAGCCGGACCACCUGGACACCUGGAGCCUGUCCCUGGUGGACAAAGACUUGGACUGGAGCUGUGGCGGCGGCGGCGAGCGAAGCCUCCGCUCACACUUUGAGUUCCCGGAUCAUUUCACGCCGGAGCUGAGCGAGAUGAUCGCAGCAGACUGGCUGAAGGCGGACCUCUCUGACCUGGUGUUCACCCUCUGACCCCGCAGAGCCUGGAUCAGCACCACAGCCACAGUGAAGGGACAGUUGAGGUUGGAUGAGGUUAUGACUGCGCUGUGAGUGCCACCUGCUGCUGAGGACCAGCCUGAGACACAGACACUCAACAUGUCCCAUAACAUGUGUGACUCCGCCCACUUCCUGGGUGCACGACACGCCCCCCCGUGCGUUUCCAGGCUGAUGUUUUAACGUCAAGUUUACGAACUUUGUGAAACUUUUCAGUUUGACGUUUUAUUGACGGCGCGUUUUUGUGUUUACGUUCAUUAUUUUUGUGCAAAAUCAACGACACGAGCGUCCCGAGGUUUUUCUGCUUCAUGAAGUUUGUUGUGAAUAAAUCAGCUGGAACUGA